CCGCACGGAUGUUUUUCUUUUUGGAAUAUAGCAUGUAAUCAUUACUCUCAUUCUCUCUUGCAACUCCGGAAAACAGGGAGCAGACAGAUAAUUGUACUCCGUCUUGCUCUCCUCCUUCCUGCGAAGUUCUGGACGAGAAAAAAAUACCUCAAGCGACCUCGGCAAUAUGGCCCAUAGCAACGUCGGCUAUGUAGCCUGUGAUUUCGAGCUGGGAUCAGACCCAUACCCAUCAAAGCGAGUAAGCACUCCACGCUCAUGUCCCCUUCGAAUUGACACCACGCACAAAUUCUGGACAAUUUCCCCGCAAAAGAACCAGUGGGAAGCUACCAGCUGUGCUAUGUCUAGCGUGAAAUCAGCUUCGGAUACGCCAAGCAUCAGCCCAGCACUCACCCGUCGGGCGCCAACCAGGUCAUCGGGACCGAUAUUCCAGGACAAACUCGCUAUACGUUACAAACGGCACACCCACGGUCAUGCCACGCUGCACUAACGCUCUCAUCAAUCUGGCUUCUACGGUUUACUUAUGCAUCCUGAUGAGAGAGCUGCGAUAGUCUAUCGGCGGUGAAAAGGCGGCCUGCAUCUGUCCAAGUCAGUGCCUUACGGCUAAGGACACGGCCACCACGGAGAUUAAACACGCAAACCAGUUCCUCAAAGGGGCCACAGAUGGAUGGAUGUCCAUGCCGUGAGGCUGAAGUUGUUCUAUGCCACUGGCACGUUUUGUCUCGAUGCAUCCAUCGAUGCAUCCGGGGGUAUGCUCUUCAGCCGUCACGCGCCACGCUUAUAUCUACGUAGUCCUCAUUGGCCGGAGCUCUACAGCUUUGCCAUAGCUCACUGUUUGGCGAGUUUUAUGUUAUAGUUGUCUCUUCGAUAAGUAUCUCAUCUCACCCAUCGGAUCUGGGAGACUGAUCCCACGGUCGACGAGGCAACCCUGUCCCAGUCUCACCGCGCCUAGACUUCAGAGCCUUGACGAGAACCUCUGUGAUGUACCGAUCCAGAUCAAAGUCGACACCCAUCUUGUCCAAAGCAGCAUCAGCGAAGACGACUUACGUUCAAUUUCUCCUUGAGGAUGAGGAUUACCCACGAAGUGUCUGCGACGGCGGCGGCGGCCCACGUUCGCUGUAAUCAGCUUACUUGAACUCGCUGAGCCGAGCUCUUUCUUCACUCAAUAGCUGCAGUGUGUCAGUCAUUUGUGCUGGACCUCCUCCUUCUCAUCGCGCGAGUAUCUGGAUCUUCUGUGGGUCCAUUCUCUUCGGUCUUUCCCUGGGGGCGUGUUACUUGUCAAUGUUGCCAAUUCUACGUGUCAAAUCUGCUGGGGUCCUUGUGUCAUUCGCUGGCCCACGUUGGUAAAGCUAAGAAGCAGGAUAAAGUACCGGCACGUAUGUACGUGGUAUACUGACUAAAACCUGUGCUACGCUAUGCGUACUCAGUCACAUGCACGACGUCUGCAUGCAUAUUGCCUUUUCACCUGAGCAGUCAUUUUAUUUGGCACAUCAUAGUACGGAGCAGAUUCGUACCACGGGGUGGACUCCCGAUCAUAGGAACAACGCCGUACAAAAUUCCAGCAGAUUCAGCGGGUUUUUGGUACAUGAGACUCAUAAGACAUGACGAUGCAUUGCCAUCGAACGUUUAACAAUGACGGCGCGGUGGCUACAGAGACGAAUAGCCAGCAAGCGGGAGUGAGAGGCAAACAAAUAGCAAGCAAAUUCAAAAUGUUCCCGCUAGCCGAUUUGAACGACUGACCUCGUCAUUACUAGUGACGCGCUCUACCAACUGAGCUAAGAGGGAGACAUGCACAUUCGUUUAGCCUAAGCUGUGACGACUCAUUUAUGAUCAUUAAUCAUCGCCUUCCUUAUGAUGUCACAUGAGCCGCGCACUGCACCGACACUCACGCCCUCUGACGAGAACUCCCCACUCCAUGCCCCUCAAAACCAAAAGGAAACGCGACACAGAGGAUCUCGGCGCGAACAAACUGAACUGUAUGUCUCCGCCAGUCAAACAGAGUUCGCGUCGCGCCACAAACGCGUCGAAUGAGACAAUAAAACGGCCGACCAAGUCGAAGAAGUCGGCACCCAUCGCAAUUCUAUCGGACGUGGAGCCACCGUUGGAGAUACCUGUGAAAAAGCGCAAGAAAACCGCCGACGACACUGUUAGUCAGACGAAGAAAGGCAGGAAGGGUAAAGGGGUGUCGGAUGUAGUCAAGAUCGUGUCGGAUUCAGAUGAGCAGUCCGUGGCUUCACCACAGAGCAAGAAGAAACAGAAGAAUCGUGAAUCAAAGCCCAAGGCUCAGGAGAAGGUCGAGGAAGAGGUCAAGGUCGUGGACAUCGAAUCGGACAGCGAACAGGAGAAUGUUUCGGUGCCUCCGCGCAAGCGCAAGCGUAACCCCCCGCCCACGGUCGCGGUGCUAAAUGACUCUGAAGAAGACGAGGUCUCGAAACCACGACGCCUGCGCCGCAAGAAAUCGCCGCUGGUUGAGAGUAGCAGCGACGAGGAUGGAGGCACAGCAGAAUCACCCCCACGGCAACGUCUGCGACGCCAUAGAGACCCCUCGCCAUCAGGCGGAGAGGACGAAGAUUCAGGAGUAGAGCGGUCUACCCCGGCCAAACUAUAUCAAUUGGAUUCCGGCGACGAAGACCUCGAAGCCCCCCAAAUGCCUUCUUCGAAACCGACACGCCGAGACAAGAUGCAGAAUGCCCUCGCCCGAUACAAUCACCGGCGCAAGAACCGAUCGUCGCCCGCGCCGUCAUCGGAUGCAGGGUAUGACGACCGCAUCGGCAAGCCUACGGCAGGAGCUUCACUCUCUGAUCUUGAGGAAGACGCGUCGGAAGAAGACGGCGACGACGUAGGUGUGGAACCUGAUCUGGACGACGUCGGCGAAGAUACAUUUGUGGUGGACGACGAUGAGGAGGCCGAUUCGGACGCCAAUGCAGUUCUCGACAGAAUGCGUUAUUCCCAUCGGGAGAUCAAUGAACAUUUCGAGGUCUUCGUCGAAUACAUCGUUGCCCUGCAUUCUUCGGAUGAGGACUACAUCGAUUCCCUGACCGAAGAUGAGAAGGAGUACUUUUCCACUGCUGUGAACGCCCUGAAGAGACAUAUCGAUCCUCUUGCGGAUUCAAUGGUCCACUCGACUUGGAAAGCGCCCUUCAUCGCCACCAUGAAUCUGCGACCUAUUCUUUCGCUUGGGACUAUGGAGGAUUCCAGCAGCAAUUGCCACGCGUGCUGGACUCGAGGCAGAUACGCCUGCGAUCUAUCAUGCUCCUAUCUUAUAUCGACGACGAAAGGCAUCUACGAUCAUGAAACGUUCAAGAAAAAGAAAGAGAAGGGUCUCAGAUACGGUAAAAAGACGCAAUUUGAGAACAACGCCGAGGCGCCCAACUUGCCGUAUCCACCCGAUUUCGAGCUCACCAUCGGGAAGCGGUGUUUCAACCGGGCCGUAGCUUACCACGAAGCCCGCCACUAUCUGUUCUCUCUUGCCGAGCAGAUCAGGAAGGAUGCUGAUGCCGCGAGCGAGGAGAAUCCCGAGCUCCGCAAGGACCCAAAUGCUUUAUUCGAGGCCUUGAAGGAAGGCAAUUACAUCGAGGGAACUCUUUUGGCAGCCUUCAAAGACGCAAAAAAAGGAUGGGCGCACUGGACAAACAGAAAAGAUCAAGAUCUGUUGGGUUGAGAGGAGGCCCUGGUUGUCUGUCAAAGGACUACUGAAUUACC